GCAACAGUUCAAGGCAACGUGGUUUAGGUGCAUGAAACAAAGAAAAGGAAGAAAGAAAGAAAAUAAAACCAAAUGGCGGAUCCCAUUUCCAUAACCUCGAUCAUCAUUGACAUUAGCGACCUUAUCUCUCGCCUCUUAGCCUAUGCCAAAGGAGUCCGCCAAGCGGCUGCUGAUAUCCGACGAUUGAGCGAGGAGCUUUUUGCUCUGAACGGGGUUUUAGAACAUCUAAAGUCGCAAUAUGAGGGGCCUCCUACGUUGAUGAGAUCAAGAGCCUCGGCGGAUAUCCCAGAAUCGCUGAGAAACACCCUCAGAGAAACCAAUGAGUCCGUUCAAAUGUUGCUUGACGACCUGAAGCAACCAACAACCAGACUCAAAAGAGUCAAGCAGCAACUGGCGUGGCCAUUCACCCGGACAGAAUACGAUGCCCAUUUGGCCCGCCUCGAAAGGGUCAAAUCGUGGUUAAUCCUCAUAAUCACAAGUGAUAGCCAUUCAGUUCAGAGGGAUUUGCAGGCCGAUAUCGCAGACCUCGCGAGGACCCUAAAAACAGACCUCCACCUACGUAGGGACGAAAAGUCCAGCGCUGCGCACAAAGAUUUGCUUCAGUGGUUGGUUCCUGUUAGCCCUGUUGAUCUGCAUCAUCAAGCCUCCAAAGCGCGAACGGAUGACACAGGAAGAUGGUUUCUCGAUCAUGCCUUCAAGGACUGGCUUCAAUCUGAUGUCCUGAACCACAGACUCUUUUCUCUGUUGGGUAAAUCUGGCAUCGGAAAAACGACUCUAUUUUCCCACAUCGUCGACGAACUAGUCGCGCUCUCUGCAAAAGACAACAAUCUGAUCUUCGCCUAUUUCUACUGUAAAUUCGGUGAUGCUGCUUUCCAGGAGCCAGUGAAUAUCUUAGGAUCGCUCGUGGUGCAACUUUCGACAUGGGAUCCCUCCGUAUUGGAGACCAUCUGGCCACUAUACGAAGCGACAGCAAAGUCGCAUCUGCACAGGCAGCCGAUUGCCAUUAGUGCGCUGGAGGAUGCUCUCAUCAAGCACACAUUUGAUGACCGACGUGUCAUUAUCCUGAUUGAUGCAAUCAAUGAGAAUCCACAUCACGAACAGCUGAUACAUGCGCUAAUGAGGAUUGCGACUCAUGCCAAAGACUUGCGAAUUCUUAUGAUGAGCACAACAGACCUCUUGCCUGGAAAGACUUGCACGAUACAUAUGAACGCCAGUCUCGUUAGACAUGAUAUUGACAAGUUCAUACCGUUAAGGCUUCAGCAAGACAACAUCCUCAAUAGUCUCAGCCAGAAAAUGCAGCAUCACAUUUGGGAGACUCUUCUGGCAGGUGCCGAUGGAUCCUUCCGAUGGACCCAGCUUUCUUUGGAUAAUCUCUCUACACUUAGGACUGCAAAGGCCAUUCGGGAAGUACUGAAGUCGUGGCCGAUGACUUUACGUGAGACCUACGUUUGCAUGCUGGGGCGUAUAUCCCCCAAUGACUGGGAGCUCGCCCGCAAUGCUCUCUUCUGGCUCACCUUCUCGAAAGAUUUGCUCACCCUACCAGGGCUCAACGAAGCCGUUAUGCUAGACGAGGCAUGCACGGAGCUAGACGAAGACUCUAAGCCAAUCUCGCCUCAAAUUCUGCUGCAUAUUUGUCAGGGUCUCAUUGCCGAAGAUGAGUUUGGACGGGUCAAUCUAUCCCAUGCAUCCGUGGCGGAAUUUCUGACAUCGGACUGGAUCCGCUCCUCCAGCGUGGGAUACUUUAGCCUGGACCCUGGAACAGCCGAGCAAAUGAUGAUGCGACUUUGUCUGACAUACUUGUGUCUCGACAACUUUCGCACCGGAUAUGCAUCCUCCCAUAGUUUGAUUGCUGCCUGGGAGCACGAACACCCAUUCCUAAAUUACGCCGCCCAAAAUUGGGGGAUCCACGCUAGAGCAUGUAGCUUUAACGAGUUGUGCGAUCGAUACCUUGUGAACAAGUUGUUCAGUUCUCGAUGCUUGCCUAAUGGCGGCAACUAUGGUACCUGGCUGCAAGCGCUUCUGCCUGAAGCCGAGAUGGAAGUUAUCCAAACAACGCAUCCGCUGUACUAUGCCGCAUCCUUUGGGUUGGUUCCGAUUCUUGAAGAAAUGCUUACAUCUGUGCCUGCGCCAGACGUCAAUGCUUGCGGCGGACGCUACGGAUCCACACCUUUGUUUGUGGCAUGCUGGCGAAAACAAUUCGAGGCGGCCGAACUUCUACUCCAGGCGGGAGCAGAUCCAUAUCUUUUGGACGAAGGUUCGGAUUUGACGAUACUUGAACUCCCUUUGUCGGAGAAAUUCGCUCAUUUGCUGAAGAAUCCGCCAAGAGAACCGCGAAGAGUGGAGCGCGCGUAUAUAAUGACGCCAGAAACCAACAUCGUACAGGGGGUAGAGCUGGGACUGGAACAAGGCCAGGAAGCAGGACAAACGGCAGCAGAUCCCCUCAACGAAGAGACUCACGGCAUUGCUUCCGAUCAGCAGAAAUCAGGGAGAUGCUCCAUCACGUCCUCGAUUGAUCGCCCGCCUCUAGAAAUGCUUGAACAACACAUUCGGCAGCUCUUUCCUGCGCUGCAGCCUAAUUCUUUGGCCCAUCGCUUUGCCCACGCGCAGCUGCAUCAAUUCGACCACCUUCUCACCCUUCAGAUUGCUCAUCUAGAGGCAGUCUGCAAUCAGUCAUGUCAGUCAGGCGAAUACUGCCUGGCUGCCCGCGCUCAAGAAGUAAGACAGACUUUGUCCUCUGACUUCGACGACCCUACAUCAGCCUCACAGCUCUUUCCCUCUCAGUUCGAAUGCUGUAUGUGUUUUCAGCUCCACCAUUUUCAGACCCGGUCAGCUUGGUUGGAUCAUGUCCACGCAGAUCUCAAAUCAUACAUCUGCACAUUCCACGACUGUACUAUUUCCAGGCCAUUCAACCGGAAAUCUGAAUGGAUACGUCAUGAGACGCAAGCACACUGGGCACCAGAGUGGUGGGAAUGCCCCCGCGCGGGUUGCAGCCGUCGUUUCUUCCGCAAAGACAUUUUUUACCAGCAUCUACUCCGAAGCCACGAACCGCUCACCUCAGAUGACAAGGAGGCCGUCAAGCGGGUGCGGGAACUGAUUCAGAAAUGUCGCACCAAAUCUCAACCCAGUCUGCAGCAAAUCGCGUGUCGAUUUUGUGGAGUGACUUUCGACGAGGUGAAGAGACUAUUGAUGCAUGUGAGCAGUCAUUUGGAGAAUUUGGCGUUAAGCAGCUUUUUGUUGGUCCAACAGCAUGGUACCAAUGGAUAUGAGAUAUCAGACGAGAAUAAUCACGUCUCAGCUUGAGGGGAUAUAUUGUCAAUUAGCGCAUUGUCCAAGAUAGAUGAUGGCCAAAGGGAGAAUGCAAGAACCCGGAGGAUCCAGCUGAAAGGGGAAAUCCAGACCGUUGACUGGGUCGCGGUAGUUGGUCUUACGGAGGAACUCGGGGAUUUGCUGUGAUCGCGCGCUGCGUGGUUCC